GGGCUCCGCGGGCGGGCGGGCGGACAUGGCGGCCAACAUGUACCGGGUCGGAGAUUAUGUCUACUUUGAGAAUUCCUCCAGCAACCCAUACCUAAUCAGAAGGAUAGAAGAACUCAACAAGACUGCAACUGGCAACGUGGAAGCAAAAGUAGUGUGCUUUUAUAGACGACGAGAUAUUUCCAACACACUUAUAAUGCUUGCAGACAAGCAUGCUAAAGAAAUUGAGGAAGAAUCUGAAACAACAGUUGAGGCCGACUUGACUGAUAAACAGAAACAUCAGUUGAAACACAGGGAACUCUUUUUGUCACGCCAGUAUGAAUCUCUGCCUGCAACACAUAUCAGGGGAAAGUGCAGUGUUGCCCUUCUGAAUGAGACAGAGUCAGUAUUGUCAUAUCUUGAUAAAGAGGAUACCUUUUUCUACUCAUUGGUCUAUGACCCCUCGGUGAAAACACUAUUAGCUGACAAAGGUGAAAUCAGAGUGGGACCUAGAUAUCAGGCAGACAUUCCAGAAAUGCUUUUAGAAGGAGAAUCAGAUGAGAGGGAACAGUCAAAAUUGGAAGUUAAAGUUUGGGACCCAAAUAGCCCACUUACAGAUCGACAGAUUGACCAGUUUUUAGUUGUAGCACGUGCUGUCGGGACAUUUGCUCGAGCCCUUGAUUGCAGCAGUUCUGUAAGGCAGCCUAGUUUGCACAUGAGCGCAGCUGCAGCUUCUCGAGACAUCACCCUGUUUCAUGCUAUGGAUACAUUAUAUAGACACAGCUAUGAUUUGAGCAGUGCCAUUAGUGUCUUAGUACCACUUGGAGGACCUGUUUUAUGCAGAGAUGAAAUGGAAGAAUGGUCGGCCUCUGAAGCUAGUUUAUUUGAAGAGGCACUGGAAAAAUAUGGCAAAGACUUCAAUGACAUACGUCAAGACUUUCUCCCUUGGAAAUCAUUGACUAGCAUCAUUGAAUAUUAUUACAUGUGGAAAACUACUGACAGAUAUGUGCAGCAGAAACGUCUAAAAGCAGCAGAAGCUGAAAGUAAACUGAAACAAGUAUAUAUCCCAACUUACAGCAAACCAAAUCCCAACCAAAUAUCCACCAGCAAUGGCAAACCUGGUGCUGUGAAUGGAGCUGUGGGGACCACAUUCCAGCCACAGAAUCCUCUCUUAGGGCGAGCCUGUGAGAGCUGCUAUGCUACACAGUCUCAUCAAUGGUAUUCUUGGGGCCCACCUAAUAUGCAAUGUAGAUUAUGUGCAACCUGUUGGCUCUAUUGGAAAAAAUAUGGAGGCCUGAAAAUGCCCACCCAGUCAGAAGAGGAGAAGUUAUCUCCCAGCCCAACUGCAGAGGACCCCCGUGUUAGAAGUCACAUGUCUCGCCAGGCCAUACAGGGAAUGCCGGUCCGAAACACUGGGAGCCCAAAGUCUGCAGUGAAGACUCGCCAAGCUUUCUUCCUUCACACUACAUAUUUCACAAAAUUUGCUCGUCAGGUCUGCAAAAAUACCCUCCGGCUGCGGCAGGCAGCAAGACGGCCGUUUGUUCCUAUUAAUUAUGCUGCCAUUAGGGCAGAAUAUGCAGACAGACAUGCCGAACUAUCUGGAAGUCCACUGAAAAGCAAAAGCACUAGGAAACCUUUGGCAUGUAUCAUUGGGUAUUUAGAAAUCCAUCCUUCGAAGAAACCUAACAUAAUUCGAUCUACACCGAGCCUGCAAACCGCAACUACAAAGCGGAUGCUAACCACCCCGAAUCACACAUCUCUGAGCAUUUUGGGGAAAAGAAACUACAGUCAUCACAAUGGUCUGGAUGAACUCACAUGCUGCGUGUCAGACUGAGCUGUCCUGUUUCAUCCUACAAUCCAAGACUUACUACACUGUCCUGCUGAUGUUCACAGCCGUGCCUGGGAAGGAGGCAGCCCCAUCCCCAGUACAUUUCAGGGAGCCCUCUGCGUGUGCCCCAUGAAGACUCGAUGGGGCAGGGGAAGGAACUGUAGGAGUGCACGUCCCCAAAGCCGCGUCCCAUGUGUGAAUCAGUGUCACUUCGCUUUCUUCUCAGAGACCUCACUCCCCAGAGCAGGACCUGCCUGAGAAUCGAGGCGAUGAGGGAGCCACUUCACCGCCUCCCUUCUCCACACUCCACUCAGGCCACAGUGGCUCCCUG